GAAGAAUUUAGCGGAAUUAGUUCGGUAUAAACAAACAAUGAAUUAUCAAAUCUGCAAACUGCCAUAACUCGGCAACGAAUAAAAUUUGUCUUUUUUUUUACACUGUAUUGCGGGUGCUUAAGAGUAGCUUUACUUAACACCGAUUAGCAUUGCUUGCGGACCGAUUGAACUUUGACACACUACAGGUUUUGGACGAUUUCGUUUGAUUACUUACCGUGCAAGUACACGCGUCGAAUAUGACCUCCAAAAAGGUGAUCGAAUUGUUCUACGAUGUGGUCUCUCCCUACUCUUGGCUGGCCUUUGAGGUCAUGUGCCGAUACAGAACCGUGUGGAAUAUUGAUCUCAAGCUCAGACCUGCGUUUCUGGGUGGUGUCAUGCAAGGUUCCGGCAACAAGCCCCCUGGAUUGGUUCCGAACAAAUUCUUGUGGAUGAACCAUGACCUGGCCCGCCUAGCAGUAUAUUUCAACGUCCCAUUGCGUCCUCCUUCAGACCCUGCGGAAGCCAUGUUCAGAAAAGGCUCCUUGAAUGCAAUGCGCUUCAUAAAAGCGGUGCAGGAGAAGGAGACAGGUGGAGACCAGCAGGUGGAGAAGGUGUCCAGAGAGCUCUGGAGAAGAAUCUGGAGUGAGGACAAGGAUAUCACCGAGCCCGCAUCACUGGCUGAGGCCGCACAGAAAGCUGGCUUGGGCAGGAGCGAAAUUGAAGAGUUGCAGAAGCUGUGCACCACACCGGAAAUCAAAGACAAGCUGAAGAGCAGCACUCAGGACGCGCUGGAAUAUGGGGCAUUCGGCUUCCCCAUGAUGGUGUGCCACAUCAACGGGAAAGCUAAGAUGUUCUUUGGCUCCGACAGAUUUGAGGUCAUGGCCCACUGCCUUGGUGAAAAGUGGCUCGGACCUCAGCCUGCUCAUCAUGAAAGGUCAUCUGCCAAACUGUGAGACAAAGUUGCCUUUCCAACCGCCCGUCUACUACCUAAUUGAUAUAUUAACUCUAAUUACAGUUUAACCUUGUGUGAAAAGCACACCUGUGUGCGCUGUGCCUCUUGAUCACAAUAGAAAAGGCCAUUUUUUUAAAUCAUGUAUACGACAAGCAAACAGUCCAUACUGUAUGUUGCCAUUGGAAUAAAUCGUUGCUGCUACAAAGGCAAA